UACUUCAAACUUUAAUUCAACGUGCAUGUAAAAUAACAGCGUUCGGAAAUUUCUACACGUUGCCAGUAAUCGGUUUUAGAAUAUUUGAUAAUACAUUUUCUGUGCAGUGCUGUUUUGAAAUUUGAAUUUAACGGUCGAGUUUGACGUUUAAUAACAAACAAUUAUUUAUUUUAAUUCUUAAUGUAUAUGUCUUAAGUGUAAUUUUUAUAUAAAAGUAAAAUUAUAGUGGGUUGUAAAACCGUCUGGAUCACAGUUUGGACUUGACAAUCAGGGAUGUGGUGGUUGCUGAAGUUAUCAAUCGUCAUGCAAUGUGUGAACUCCGUGCGCAUAACACACAUGCGUGUACCAGAAGUUAUUCAAUACGAAUCCAAGGACUCCAUCACACUAGACUGUGACUACGUGACCAGCAACGUGACAGGGCUAGUGGUGAAGUGGUUCUUCAACUACCGUGAACAGCCCGUCUACCAGUGGAUACCGCCGCAGAAGCCGCAAGCUUUGGGGAUAUUAAAAGAUAAGCUCGACCUCAACUACAGGGUGUCGAACAAUGCGUACACGCAGCACCGAGCGCUACGGAUCCUGUCUCCGAGCACAGAUCUCACGGGGAACUACACGUGCGUCGUCUCUACAUGGCUGGCUGAAGACGAGAGAACCAGGCCGAUGACAAUAUUUGUGCCAGAAACUCGCUUCGACAUGAUACAAGACAGGCUCGACGACGGGUACCUCAACAUCAUUUGUUCUGCCGAAGGAGUGUUUCCGAAGCCGGAACUUAUUAUCUUAGCAGGAAAUAGACCUUUAAACGCUAAGACCACCCUGAAACUACUGGAAGGGCGGUACACCGCGCUCACCAGCGCCGUGGUGAGGGUAGACGCGUUGCCUCCCACGGUCGAGAUCCUCUGCGAUAUGCAAGUGCCACUCGCCAACUACUUUAGCAGAAAAAGGGACAUCUUUUAUAGAGAUCCACCUGUGACGCCUCCUGAAUCAUCGAAUUCAAUGCACACGUCUGCGCCAGAUAGUGGCAUUAACAUUGCACCACGUUGGAUUGUUAUGGUCUCACUAAUAUCUGUGCAUUUUAUAACAAUACCAAAUUCAUGAUGUAUUUGAUUUUUUAACACUAAAACUUAGCCAAAUAAACAAAUCUGUAAUUAAUAUAUUUAUAUGAAAUACCUAAGCUGUAAAAUAAAUGACAUUAUUUUAAUUCUUACAAAUAAGGUAUGUAAAUAUGUUUAGUUAAGGUUAACUCAAGGUUAUUUUUGAAACUGUCAAAACUGUUUUGAUUAAGCCAAAGAUUUGUGUAUUAUAAGAGACAAAACAAAAAUAAUUUAUCCAAAGAAAUCAGAGUCACUUCGCUAUUCUUCUAAAUAUAUUUAUACCCUGGUACUAUUAAACAAUUUUCCAAUAUUAAUCAUCACAGUCCUGAAUCAGUUUUAUUUCAUGAUUCAGUUAGCAAUUAUCUCUGUAUCUAAAUAGGUAAAUUAUAAAUUUUUAAGAAAAUAUGUAAAGUUAGAAUAUAAUUAAAAGUUUUACUGUAUUUAUUAACUUAUAAGAAAAAACUGGUACUUAAGUAAACUAUUCACAUUUCCAACAGAUAUAUUAGACUAUUUAUAGAUAAUACCUACUUUAUUUUCUUUCCCGAGAAAAUCAAGCAAGAACGAAAGAGUACUCGUAUAUUGUAAUAUAACUAAACGUCAUUUAUUAUUUUGAAUUUGUCAAACAAAAUGUAUUAUUAUUUGUCGCCCCAAAAUCUCAACGAUUUUCUUAACCAGCUUAUUUGGUUGCCGACAUAAAUAAAUGUAACUACAGAAACUAUUUCGUAACA